UGAGACCAGCUGUGCCCUAGGUUUGAAGACGCACAUCUUCCGGAAGUAGGCGCCAGCGCCGCGCCCUCCCCGGGGCUCUGGGAAGCUGGUUUUCCGGGUCCCGCGUGUGGGAGUCCUUAGUCUCGGCGCGGGGGUGUAGCCAUCCCUGGGGCUCGUCCUUGUCGGUCGGGUCCCUGGUGAGCAGGACAGGACUGCGUCCUCCAGAUGCGCCAAGCUGUCCGAGCUCUGGCGAGCGAGUGUCCCGGCCUCCGCAGCGCGGCUUCUCUGCUGGCCUCGGUUCCUCCCACUGCACCCCUCGGGGUCCCCAAAUGGCCGCGGUCACUGGCCAAGCGUCAUGUUGGCGGCUUCGCUUGUCCCCGACCCUGCGCUGUCGGACGGCGGCCCCUGCCCGUGGGCACUGCGCUCCAGACGGCUGCUCGUGUGCCAAGUCACGCCAGUCACUCCCUGGCAUCUCCUGGGAGCCACCUGUAGCUCCUGGGUGGCCACCCGGGCCUCCUGGUGAGCUCUGCCACUCUGGCUCGGCUCGGCCCGGCCGCCGAGGCCCAGCUUCCCUCCCUCGCUGCUGCCCGGUGCCAUCCCAGCUCUGCCACCUGUCUCCAAGGCCGCAGCCUCGGCCUUGAGUGAGGAAAUAGAGCAGAAGCCGCUUAGCUCCAGGGUGGAGCGCCCAUCCGGCAGGCGAAAGGCCCCGAGUCUGACCCCAGGCACCGCAUGCAUUCACUAAGGACAGUUGUGCUUUUCUGCAAGAUCGAGUAUUUGAGUCACCACACUUCACCUGCCAGGCUGAGCGAGCCAGGGGCCUGGUGACAGGCAGCUCGAUGUGGGCUGGGGAGCCGGUGGUGGUGGGAGCGCUGGCUUGAGCCGUCGGUGUCAGCUUUCUGAGCUCCGAGGCUGCUGUCCCUGCCCUAGUUCGGUGAGCGAGAGGUCCUGGUGCCCGGGGCUCCCCCUGAGCUGCUGGGCUGGCAGCUGUGUCACUGUGCAGUCACUCUAGGCAGACGAGUGGACCCUGGCCAGCGCGGCACCGCGGUCCUCUCCGAGGUCCAGACCGGAAGGGUACUGCCAAGCACAGCCUCGAGCGUCAGACGCGGAGUUGAUGCUGCCUCCAGGGUCUGCUCGGCCUGGAGGGCCCCGGGGUUGUUUCUGAUACCCCGUCCUGGAACCAACUGCUCUUUAGCCUGGAAGGUGACCUGGAGAAGUAACCACGUCUGCACAGGAGGGGAGGUCUUUGGAAUUAGAGCCGUUAGCACCCACCGAGAGGUCGUUUGGAGUUUAUGCUUUUUUUUGGUUUUUUUGGUAUCGGGGGCUCGAACUCGGGUCCUUGCACUUGCCCAACAGGCGGCAAAACUACUGAGCUAAAUCCACGGCCCCCUAUGCUAAUUCUUAAUGACGAGGUUGGUAGCUCACUGGCAUAGGGAAGUAGGAAAGAAAUAGCCGCUGGUUGCAACACAAGCUCUCCGGAGAGGCGGCCCCAGGCGGCCUCCUGGGGUCUGCGGGCUGAGCAGAGGCCCUGGGGACCAGCUGUGUCCAGCUGCAGGCGGAGGGCGAUCAGCGCGGAGCUGUCGCCUUCUGGGCUCGGGCUCAGCGAAGCCAGAUCCAAUGUAUGCGCUAAGAGAAGGGAACUUUGCUUUCGAUUACAAAGCCUUCCUCAAGUUGGACACUUGCACCAGGAGGCCUCGUGCUCCCGGGUCCGCACCCCAGGCGGGGCGGCGCUGCGGAGGGGCGGGCGCGGGGCGGGGCCAGGGCAGCCAGAGCUCGGAGCGGAGCGGAGCGGGUGCCGGGCAGGGCAGGGCCGGGCCGGGCCGAGAUGGCGUGGCCCUGCAUCAGCCGCCUGUGCUGCCUGGCGCGGCGCUGGAACCAGCUGGACCGCUCCGACGUGGCGGUGCCUCUGACCCUGCACGGCUACUCGGACCUCGAGAGCGAGGAGCCGGGCCCGAGCAGCGCCCCCCCGCGCAGGGACGCGCACCCCGCGGGCUCCCGGGACGCGGCCAGGGCCUUGCCACUCACUCAGUACCAGUGCGACUUCGGGGUGCAGACGGCGCCUGCGGGACCUCGAGAUGGGGGGCGCGGGCUGGGGCCGGGCGGCCGUAGGGCCAAGUCCUCCGCGCCCCCAGCGCGGGGCGUCUACGUGCUGCCCAUCGGCGACGCGGACACGGCUGCUGCGGCCACCACCUCUUACAGGCAGGAAUUCCAGCCCUGGACUGGAGUGAAGCCCCCAAGACCCACAAAGGCAAAGCCAGCCAGAGUCGUCACCACCCACAGCUCUGGAUGGAACAGCAGCCCAGGGACCAGCCUCCAGGUCCCCGAGGUGAGGAAGACGUUUACACCUAACCCCUCAGCCAUCUUUCAGGCUUCCGCUCCCCGGAUUCUCAACGUGUGACUGCUGGGUGGCGGGCAGCGGGGUGUGGAGCAGGCUCAGGAGCCACAGCCACGGGGGCUGAGCUGUUGUCAGGAGGGCGACACCUUGGGGCUGCCGGCCUGGUGUGGAGCAGCGGGAGGGGGACAGCACCCCAGCUCCUCGGCCUCCAGCAGCCUCAGCGUCCUUCAGUCUUCAAAGCUGAGGAGCCUGCGGAUUAGUCAGCUGGGUGGAGGAAUACGCGAUCUGUCGGGUGGUUUCCCCAGGGUGCACGAUUCUUAUCAACCUUAAAGCGACAGCAAUGCCAGCUUCUACUCAGGUCAUCAUUUGCAUGUGACGCAUGGAGAUGCCAAGGAACCAGGACGAGGUUUCCAGAAGAAAUAGCGUCAAGCGCAGGAGGCUCCGACUGGCAAGAUGUUUCUCUAGCCCAGCUGACCCUCGGGUUCCCACACCUCCCCCGGGACGAACACGGUGCUGAGAAUGGCUGGCCUUUACCCCACAGCAGUUUCUGUGGCUGAGCCCGUUUUAUUACCAGUUUCCGCUUUGGCCCUAACAUAGGGUAACAAGGGAACCACCACUGUGCCCGCCAAGGCCGGGAGCACUUCGGGGAGGUGGCCUUUGACCCACUGCGCCAGCCUCACAGUACUGGAGCCCAGCCUGCGCCCAGCGCUAGGCGGAGGCCGUGCGUCUGAGUGUCCCGUCCUCCAGGGAGGCUGCCUGCGACAAGUACGGUGCCCUCUACAUAGCAGCCUCCCCACACCGGAAGGGUGUACUAAAAUGCAAAAAUGUACUCUCCAUUUCUUUUUCUUUAAAUUACAAAUAUGAAAGUCUUCUCACACCUUUUCUUUCAUCUUGUCUCUAAUGGCGACUUUACAUGGUUACUGCCAGUAUCCUUGGAGGCUUGGCAACCCUGGGCCCUUCUCCCUGUGCGCUGCAGCCGACAGGGUACUUACUGGAGGCGGCAUCACCAAACCCAUCACCUGGUCCUUUGCGUCGCAAGAGCCCGGAGGAAACGGAGUGGCACGGCUGGGCCCAGGCCCUGCUUCUCCGUCACUAGCUGGGCACAGUGGGCGCUUGCUUCGGGUGUAAACCCUUUCUCCCUGCACUCAUGGCCCCUCGCCCGCACCAGAAGCCCCAGAUUCUUCAGGUUCUUUUGCCACAAAGGACGCACGGGCUUUGUGCAGUCCUUGGGGAUGGAGCAAGCCUGUCUUCCGGCCCCAUGAGGCUCCUGGCCGGCCCGACAGGCCUGACCUCCGCCGGGCCAAGGCUCGUCAGCGCCUUUCUGCAGCACCAACACCCUGGGAGGCUCCACAACACCACCCCCUCCCCUGGGCUCACUCCAGGUCAAGGCCAGGCCUCAGGUUGUGCGAAGGGAACCAACUCACCGCCUGCUCCCACCUUGUUGGCCUCAAGCGUGCAAGACAUGCGUGCCUGCGCCAGCCUGUGAGCAGGGUUAGGAGCUCCGAGAUGGGGCCUCGGCUGCUUCCACGUUUUAUUACACUUGCUAAACUUUUUAUGUAAUAAGCAUUUUGUAUUAUUUCACUAAAGGACGUUUUUAAAAAGGAAAA